AUGUCCAACCAGAAGAAGUCCCUUCCCACUACAAGUACAACUUCCACUACGAGUACAGCUAGCACUACAACAUGGGAAUGCGUGGACCAGAACAACCAAAAGUGGAAACUGCCAGCCGUUCCUCACUUUAUUCUGGCAGGAACCCAAAAGGGAGGAACUUCGGCACUACGGGAUUUUCUGGUGCAGCAUCCUCAGAUGAUUGCUUCGCAGCAGUUUGAGCCUCAUUUCUUUGAUCAAAAGUUGCAACGAUAUCUAAAAAACAAGUAUCAUUCUACUACAACAAGUACUAUCCAACCCCAAUGGCUCUGUGACGUCCAACGCCAGUACAUUCAAUCCACAUUUCACAGCAAAAUGCUGGAACGAGUCCUGCAAAACAACACCGAUGGAUAUCUGUUUUACGAAAAGACCCCGUCCUACUUGGUGGAUCCCACUGUCCCGGCAUUGAUUCAUCAAAUAUGUCCCUGGAAGCCAAAGAUUGUCGUCCUGUUGAGGGAUCCCAUUCAACGAGCAUUUUCCCAUUACAAAAUGGAACGCGAAAAGAAAAAUGUCAAACAAUCCUUUACCAGUCUAGUCAAUCAGGAAUUGCAGCGUCUAAGGGAACUGGGAUUGACCAGGGCACCUCCUAUUCCAAUUGAACCUGAACAACCACAAGAACCACAAGAUCUGACACUGGCUAGUACGCAUUUAUAUGAUGACAAGGACCCAUUCCAGAUUCCGCCCCUCCAACUCUCCAACGCCGCCACGGCCAUUCAUCAACACUUGGCACAAAACUACUCUCAUACCAACUUUUUACAGCGGGGCAUGUAUGCCAUUCAACUCCAAUGGUGGCUUCCAUACUUUGGUCGAGACUCGCUACUCGUACUAAGAUUCGAAGACUUGCAACAAGAUCCUGCCCAGACUGUUCGACAAGUACUGCAAUUUCUUGGGGCACCGCCCCUUCCACUGGACGUGGACUAUCACAAAACCUAUCGGACACGAGGGCAAUAUCGGAAAAAGGGAAUGGUGCAUCCACCCAUUCCCAAUCAAACCAGGGCAUAUUUGGAACGGUUCUUUCAACCUCACAACCAGUUGCUCUCGGAACUCUUGGGAGAGGAUUAUUACCGACAUGAUUUGAUUGAUUGA